AUGUUUCAGUACGAGUACAUUCACAGUAGGAGGGGUAUUCCACGGGCCACCGCGCGGGGCGGGGGCACAGGAGGGGUAUUCACGGGCCACCGCGGCACCAGGGCACAGGAGUGGUAUUCACGGGCCACUGCGGCACUACGGGGCACAGGAGUGGUAUUCACGGGCCACUGCGGCACUACGGGGCACAGGAGGGGUAUUCACGGGCCACUGCGGCACUUACGGGCACAGGGGGUAUUCACGGGCCACUGCGGCACCACGGGCACAGGAGGGGUAUUCACGGGCCACCGCGGCACCACGGGCACAGGAGUGGUAUUCACGGGCCACUGCGGCACUACGGGGCACAGGAGGGGUAUUCACGGGCCACCGCGCACUACGGGCACAGGAGGGGUAUUCACGGGCCACCGCGGCACCACGGGCACAGGAGUGGUAUUCACGGGCCACCGCGCACUACGGGCACAGGAGGGGUAUUCACGGGCCACUGCGGCACCACGGGCACAGGAGGGGUAUUCACGGGCCACCGCGCACUACGGGCACAGGAGGGGUAUUCACGGGCCACCGCGCACUACGGGCACAGGAGGGGUAUUCACGGGCCACUGCGGCACCACGGGCACAGGAGUGGUAUUCACGGGCCACCGCGGCACCACGGGCACAGGAGUGGUAUUCACGGGCCACCGCGCACUACGGGCACAGGAGGGGUAUUCACGGGCCACCGCGCACUACGGGCACAGGAGGGGUAUUCACGGGCCACCGCGCACUACGGGCACAGGAGGGGUAUUCACGGGCCACCGCGCACUACGGGCACAGGAGGGGUAUUCACGGGCCACCGCGCACUACGGGCACAGGAGGGGUAUUCACGGGCCACCGCGCACUACGGGCACAGGAGGGGUAUUCACGGGCCACUGCGGCACCACGGGCACAGGAGGGGUAUUCACGGGCCACCGCGCACUACGGGCACAGGAGGGGUAUUCACGGGCCACUGCGGCACCACGGGCACAGGAGUGGUAUUCACGGGCCACUGCGGCACCACGGGCACAGGAGGGGUAUUCACGGGCCACUGCGGCACCACGGGCACAGGAGGGGUAUUCACGGGCCACUGCGGCACCACGGGCACAGGAGGGGUAUUCACGGGCCACCGCGCACUACGGGCACAGGAGGGGUAUUCACGGGCCACCGCGCACUACGGGCACAGGAGGGGUAUUCACGGGCCACUGCGGCACCACGGGCACAGGUUUUCAUGUUUCAUUUGCAGACUGA